AUGCUGGAUUCUCCAUGGCAGAAGACCAGAGCCAUCCCUGGUAGGCUGUGGAAGACAUCGAUACCUUCCUGGAUCGUCCCCAACAUGUGGAUCUGCAUGGGUAGAGGUGCCAUCGUCAGCAUAUGCCUGCUGCCUUUAUGCGGUCUGAUCUUGCAGGGUUGCGGAAACCAACAAGGGGCGUGCAGAAAGGGCGACAAGGCUUGCGAGGAAAUGCAGGUGCUUAUUCGCGAGACGAAGGCGAAUUGCCCAAUGUGGCAUCCUCACAGCAAGUUUGUGGGAACUCCUCGCCUUCCGAGCGUGAGUGAGUCCUGUGCUACCGUCGAGUUCCUGUAUGCUGGUGAUCUGCCGGUGGCGUACAUCUACGGCAGGCAGUCCAAGGAUUCCGAGUACACGGCCGAGUGGGGUGGUGGACUGCGUCCACUGGACAUCACCGAUGCCGGGCCAGACGAUGGCCAGAUUGAAACGGCCACCGCUACCAGUUCCUCUGACCGGAAGAUCCGCCGGUACCGCGCCCUCAUGCGCAAACUGCCAGCUCAUAAGGCCUUCGAGGUGAAGCUCGCUGACAAAGAAGAUGCAGCUUUCGAAGGCUCCAGCUUCAGCUGUCCGUCAAAGCCGCGGCUGUCCAGCGCGGAAGCCUUGGUGCCUGCAGCGCCCUAUGAUCUGCAAUUACAUCGCACGGACCCCCGAAUCAAUGUCAAGAAUGACGAGGGUUCUGUGUGCAUGGACCUGCAUUGGUCCCAUCCUCACACAGAGCUUGCCCUCUUGCCGGACGAUGCUUAUUUCCGGAUAUUCACCACCUACGAGGAGGAAGCCCCCAAGCUGUUUUGCGAAGACAAGGUCGGAGUUUGGAAACGCGAAUGCGGGAUCCGGAUGCGGACCGCCUCCUCGAAGACCCUGAGCUUCGCCACGAAGUGUGGCUUGUGGCCAAAGAGGCGGUCUGCAUCCAGCAACAUCACAGCAAUGACACCCCCUGCAGCACCGACGUUCACGGCCUCUUUGGUGACGCAUCCACCCAGCCAGGCAAGCUCCGCGGGGUUCUGGCCAAAAGCCAUAAUUGACUGGAUCCCUCAGCAUGAUGAGCUGAUAAUCGGUCAUGCCAUUUACCUGGCUUUGAAGGGCAUCAGUGCAAUGAAGCUGUUGUGUUGGACGCCCUUCCACAAAGCUGGCAAGGGGUAUCUGGAGCUACCAAUAGCGCACAAGAACCACACGCAUUCACGCGAUGCCGCCAUGUUGCGAGACUACCUUCAAAGGUAUCACGUGCACCAAGAGCAGCAGAUCCUUGUUGCCACAAGGUCAGUCGCCAACAUCACCAGACCUGACCAGAGCCCACAUGAGCCCGAUGAGCAUUUGGAGUCCCCGGUGUCGGCUUACAGUCUCGGGGACUGGCUCAUCAUGGAAAGAUAUGUCAAGUGCCUGACGUCCUUCAGUGCCGCGAACCCUUCAUAUGCAUCGAAGCCGGUGGAGCUGUCAUGGACAGAGGAGCAAAGCAUGAUGCUGUAUGACUGA